AUGAAAAAUUCAAUAAGCCAUCGCCUUUGGCAUCGGGAAUGCGGGGAUCAGUCCCAAUAUGCCGGGCUCCGGGGGAUUUACGGGUCCAAGGAAUGGGUCGAUGAUCUCGAUAUUGUGAAUGAGCUUGGUGGGCAUACGGGAUGUGUGAACGCCUUGAGUUGGUCAAGAUCAGGACGCCUCUUGGCAUCCGGCUCGGAUGACCAGUGCGUCAAUAUCUACUCAUACCAAUCCGACUCCUCCAAUGCCCCCUUUGCGCUGAACACUACCAUCUUCACCGGUCACAAGGCCAACAUAUUCUCGGUGAAGUUUAUGCCACAUUCCAACGAUGGCACCCUGGUUACAUGCGCAGCCGAUUCCACGGUGCGCGUAUUCGAUAUUGAAUAUUCCAGUGGCAGGAAUGAUCCCACAACAUCAUCGAACGAGGCUGUCCCUCGGAGUCGCCGCUUCACGGAGUUUUUUACUGGCACACGAUAUCUGACCGAUGGCAAUACUAACGCCAGGGUUUAUCGCAGCCACGCCGACCGCGUGAAGCGCAUUGUUACUGAAUCGUCGCCAUACCUCUUCCUUACAUGCUCCGAGGAUGGCGAAGUUCGCCAAUGGGAUCUGCGGCUACCAUCAAGUGCAUAUCCUGCACCGCGGGGUGGCCAGGGCUUCAUGUCAUAUCGACCAGGAUUGCACCACGAUGAUUCCAAUGUGCCACCCCCGCUUAUUUCCUACAAACAGUACAAUUUGGACUUGAACACUAUAUCCUGCUCGCCGAGCCAACCGCACUAUAUUGCAUUGGGUGGUGCCCACAUGCACUGUUUUUUGCAUGACAGACGGAUGGUGGGCAGGGACACGUCUGCCGCUAGAGGAAGUGCUACUCCAAGCGCUGGAAGUUUGGCUGAUGAGGAUAUGAGCAAGGCAACACGAUGCGUACGUAGGUUUGCGCCUGGUGGUAAGGAUCAUCCCAAACUUGCCGCUGACGGACACAUCACGGCGUGUAAAAUCAGCGAUGCAAACCCCAACGAGAUGAUUGUCAGUUGGUCUGGUGAUCAUAUCUAUAGUUUUGAUCUGAUUCGCAGCCCUGAUGCCCGAGAAGGCCGGGCGGAGAAGAAGACGCUCAAGGGCAAGAGCGCACGGCCUCGGCGCAGUUCGCGGAGCCGAAAGCGCAAGCGUCAGAAGCCCGCAACGCCAUCAUCACAGGAAAGUGGCGGCAGGCAUCAUUCUCGUCUUCGCUCAGAGGAGCCUGACACUUUCAGAGUUCAGUAUGAGAAUGGAGACGAGGAGGAUAUUCCAUUCCCUGCCUUAUCGGAUAGUGUCCCGGACUCUGCCGAGAAUAUUCUCGAACAGGCUCGAUAUGCUGUGCUGAAUGAUGCCCAACGGUUGAGCAUGCAGAUUGCUAAGGGCUUAGUAAAACUUCGCAAGACACUUUUUUCUCUUGAAGCGACAGUUCGAGAGGCGACCAGCUCUGAUGGAGUGGAACCAGAAUAUUACGCGGCUUGCUUUUCAACCGCGUUGGAAAUUGCGACUGAAUAUCUCCCGAGGAUGGACGAAAUUAUGCGCCAAUGGGGAUACCCGAUAAAUCCCUCCCGGGACACUGUUACGUUUCACCAGACGCUCCGCCAUAAUCGCGAGUCGUCGUGGAGAUUCGUGCAAGCUUCAGGUGCUCUUGCGUAUGCGUUGUCGAAUGAGCCACUAGAUCCAGACUCAAAUUUCCAAACGAUCAAACCUGCGCCGGGUGAAUAUGAUUUGGACCGGGAGGUAAAGUUUGGCUAUGAAUUCCUUCGAGCAAUUUUACUCUGGUUGCAGGGUGGAAGAAACCGUCUCCUCGAGGGCUUCCAGCGUCACAACGCUUUUCGCGGACAUCACGACAGAUUCCCAAUUCCCGAUGAAUCUCAGGAAGACGCCAUUGAAUCUAUAUUGAUACCCUAUCUCAUGGAAAUGGCCUGCGAUACCCCAAUAGUGAAUGUUGAUGCUUCCAGAUUUGAGCACGACAGCUCUCGCAUCUUAUUCCGCACCCAGCGCGCCGCUGUUACUGCAUUUGGGAAUGUUGUUCGGUUGCCUCUUGAGGAUCUUGGAAACUCGGCUGCUACGUUCGAUAGACGCCAGGUCUCUAAUCCUUCUUCACAGGUUCGCUCGCUUGACCGUGCCUCCGCGAAACGCUUCUGGCUUUUGAGGGUCGGAAGAGGAGUUUUGAUGGAGGCAGGCAGUGAUGUCAACUACAUGUUUGUCAACAAUGCUUUCGGUGGCUUACGAACUAUAUCGGACGAUUCUGAUAGUGAACCCGAGAGGGAUCAAACAGACAUCGAUCCCAAUGUGGAAGAAGAACGCAUCAGACGCAUCGAACUGGUCAGGACGGGUAACACUUCACGUCCGGUUGAUUCCCAAAUAGCGGACUCUCGGGAGGAAGGCAGCUCUUCCAAUUACGCGGAUGAAGAUCAAGUUAACAGCGAAAGCAAUGAUAAUGGAUUCGAUGAUGAUACCGCUGAGGAUGAUGACGAUGACAGUAUCUCGCCACUGGACUCCUCUGAUGAAGACACCCCGGAAGACUCAGAUGACGAUUCCUCUUCUGGUUAUGCUAUUCCAAGAGUACGCCAAGAAAAUGUCGAGCGCGAUGCUCCCUGCUCAACACACAUCCGCAGCUAUCGUGGACAUUGCAAUGUCAAAACCGUAAAGGAUGUCAACUUCUUUGGUUUGAAUGACGAGUAUGUGGUUAGUGGAAGUGACUCGGGUCACAUUUUCAUCUGGGACCGCAAGUCCUCCAGUCUAGUCAAUAUUCUCGAAGGUCACCCAUACGAACCCAUGAUUGCUGCCUCGGGAAUCGACAACACUAUCAAAAUUUUCUCAUCAGACCAGAAUGCCCAAGAGGAUGCCCGCAAUGGCGUCAAUAUCCUCGAUCCCGAAAAUCCAUCAAACAUACGCGGUCGAAACUCCUCUGGAGCGGGGGGUCUAGAAAGCAGGAAGCGGAUCCAUGAAAGUUAUCGCAUCAUGAGCCAAAACGACAUUGAGCGUCGUGGUGGUAUGGCGGAAGCACACAUCACAGUAGGUUUUCUUUUCGGACGUACCAGGCGACCACAGGCCAGCGACAAAAUGAUGUGUUGCUGA